AUGAGUAGGAGUUGGUCGGCCAUGGAGUUCGAGGUGAGAGUAGUAAGGGGAAUUGAGAAUUGCUUUGUGUCCCUACCUCUUCAGGUCAUCCAAACCCUUCAGAGCGGUUACCUGCCUCCAAUUCUUGCGGUGGAGCUCCGGUCAGGCGCUCGUCUCUGGCACGUGGCUUGGUGCGGCUCAGCCUCGUCCUCCCCGUCCUCGAUUGAGAUUGCUCCUCAAUAUGCUGAUUGCAUUGGAUUGGAUGACCAUACUUCGGUUAUAAUCCGGGUCGUUAGCAAUUUACCGAAAGCUUCAUUGGUGGCGGUCGAGCCGGCUACGGUGGAUGAUUGGGAGAUUCUGGAGCUGAAUUCGGAGAUUGCUGAAAAUGUUAUCUUAGCUCAGGUUGGAAUUGCACAUGAAGGAAUGAGAUUUCCAUUGUGGUUGCACGGACAAACUGUCGUCACGUUUCUUGUCAAGUCAACUGUUCCCCAGAAUCCAGUAGUCCAACUUGUGCCAGAUACUCAAGUUGCAGUUGCUCCAAAAAGGCGGAACAAUCCAUCUUCGGAACAGGGUCGUACAAUUCCUAAAGCACAGCUACGAGUCCAAGAUUUAGACAGUAGAUUCAUUUAUAAAUGCCAGGAGAAUGGUGUUGAUAUUGAUGUGGUGUUCACUUCUGGUGUUUUCAUCCAUCCAGAAACAGCUGAAAAUUUUUCUUUCAGCACUCACCAGUUUGUGACUAUAUCUCCAAGAUUACUGCCGAAAAAGAGCAUGAGAAAGAUGCAAACUAAAAAUACUGUAACUGAUCAAGAAGCCAGCAAAGAUGGUCUAAAUAUUAAGCAGGAUGAUCGUCAUGUUGUUCCUAUAUUAUUGUCCGAAUUUGUGGCAAAAGGACACAUUAUGCUGUCUCAAUCUCUUCGUUUCUAUUUGGGAGCAAGGCUACACUCUUGGGUACAUGUGCAAAGUUGCAACGUAACCGUGAAGAAGGACGUUCCUGCAGUGUCAAUUUCACCUUACCAUUUCAAGAUUUAUCAAAAUGAUGAGAUGGUUGAGAAUGGCCCUGAAGAAGUAAAGAACCAAGAGAAUUUUAAAGGACAAGAUGCACUUCAAAGAAUCAACACAACUUCUGAAAUGGGUAUUAGCAAUUGGUCUCUACAUGAUAAGCUAGCGGCAGCUCUCUCAAGUAGAUCUUCCCCUGAUGGGGUUGAAAACAUUACUGAGACUGGAGUAAACCAGACUAAGGUUGGGCAUCCAAAUGGUUUACAAUCUCUUUUACAUGUGUGGUUUCAAGCUCAGUGUCAUAUCGAUAUCUCAAAUUCUGCUGAGAACUUGAGUUCAUUGGUUGUAGGAAGCAAGACAUUGCUUCACUUAAAAGUCAAAAUUGACCAAUUGCCUAGAUAUGGGAAGGUUCUAGCAUCAAGUAACAAAUUGCCCCCAAACAAAAAGCUAGCUGAAAAACCAUCAGUUGAUGUCAUUUAUAUUUUAUCCUUCUCGGAAGAAUCAAUGCAUGUUGAAGACAUUGUUGUAUACGAUCUAGCAUUUGAAAAGAGUACCAUUGACAAUUGUAUUUCAGAAGAGUUAAACGAGAGGCUUGGAAAGCUGCAAUUGGGUGAUCUUUUAUUCUCUCAUGCAGCCAGUGAAUCAAUCCAUGACAACUUCCUUAGCGCUGGAGUUUCUUCAUUGGAUUGGAUGGGUACAGCACAGUCUGAUGUAAAUUACAGAUUAACAGCUUUACUGGCCCCUUCUUCUGGAAUUUUGUUCAGCAACUACAAUCUUCCAUUGCCUGGACAUAUCCUUAUCUGUGGACCUUCAGGUUCUGGAAAAACGUUAUUGGCCAAAGUCUCUGCCAAGUCCAUUGAAGGAUGUAAAGAUAUACUGGCUCAUAUAGUUUUCAUAUCUUGCUCUAGGCUCACUUUGGAGAAGCCUUCAAGUAUCCGUCAAACCCUUUCUGUUCGUAUUUCUGAAGCUUUAGAUCAUGCUCCAUCCAUUGUUAUCUUGGAUGAUCUUGAUAGUCUCAUUGCACCAUCCUCGGAUUUGGAGGGGUCUCAACUUUCAUCAUCUUCUACUGCACUUGUUGAGUUUCUUGCUGAUAUUUUAGAUGAAUAUGGGGAAAAUAGAAGGAAUUUGUGUGGAAUCGGUCCGAUAGCAUUCAUAGCUACAUCACAAUCCUUGAAUAGUUUUCCCACUACCUUGAGUUCUUCUGGAAGAUUUGAUUUUCAUGUGAAUCUUCCGGCACCUGCUGCAGCAGAACGUUCUGCCAUAUUGAGGCAAGAGAUUCAGAAGCGAUCACUGCAGUGUUCUGAUGAUCUGCUGUUAGAUAUAGCAUCGAAAUGUGAUGGUUAUGAUGCUUAUGAUCUGGAAAUACUGACCGACAGAUCAGUGCACGCUGCCAUUGGUCGCUCAUUAUCACUGUCUAGCAAGUCUGACUCUGGGGAAAAUGAGGAUCUAACUUUGGUAAGGGAAGACUUUCUGCAAGCAAUGCAGAAUUUCCUCCCUGUGGCAAUGCGUGACAUUACUAAACCAGUUACAGAAGAUGGUCGCUCUGGUUGGGAGGAUGUUGGAGGUCUUACUGACAUUCAAAAUUCUAUUAAGGAGAUGAUUGAGUUGCCUUCGAAAUUUCCUAACAUCUUUGCUCAAGCUCCACUGAGAUUGCGUUCCAACAUUCUCUUAUAUGGACCCCCUGGUUGUGGAAAAACACAUAUUGUGGGUGCUGCUGCUGCAGCCUGUUCAUUGCGCUUCAUCUCUGUGAAAGGCCCUGAGUUACUUAAUAAAUAUAUCGGUGCUUCUGAACAAGCUGUUCGGGAUAUUUUCUUGAAAGCUACGGCAGCAGCUCCAUGCCUUCUGUUUUUCGAUGAAUUUGAUUCUAUUGCUCCAAAGAGAGGGCACGAUAAUACUGGUGUGACAGAUAGAGUUGUCAAUCAAUUUUUGACAGAAUUAGACGGUGUUGAAGUCUUAACUGGUGUAUUCGUUUUUGCUGCUACAAGUCGUCCAGAUUUGCUUGAUGCUGCACUUUUACGGCCUGGUAGGCUGGACAAACUUUUGUUUUGUGAUUUUCCAUCACAGCAGGAGAGACUGGAGAUUCUAAACGUCCUUUCAAGAAAGUUGCCAAUGGCCAGUGAUGUCGACAUGGAAGGAAUUGCAUGUUCAACUGAAGGAUUCAGCGGUGCAGAUCUUCAAGCUUUACUUUCUGAUGCACAGCUUGAAGCUGUCCACCAGCUUUUGGAUGGCAAAGACAGCAGCAGCACUGGACAGAAGCCUUUGAUCAGCAAUGCAGUUUUGGAGACCAUUGCUUCCAACGCCAAACCAUCAGUUUCAGAAGCUGAGAAGCGAAGAUUGUAUGAUAUCUACAACCAAUUUCUCGAUUCAAAGCGAUCUUUGUCGGCUAAGUCGAGAGACGUUAAAGGCAAAAGGGCAACCCUUGCUUAACUACUCAUGUCUGAUAUACAUACAGGUGUGCUAUCUCAGCCACCAUCAGCUACACUCAAACUAUCUCUAAUUGUUUAAACAAGCAGUGUAUCUUCGGGCAAUGUAGUUUCAAGCUGAUUGUGCAUGUUCUAUUGCCCCCCAAUCUCAUAUUUAGCUUUUGAAAUAGCACGGUGAUUCAUGAGUUGGAAGCAUUUACAUACUGAAGUUAAUCACAUUGUUUCUUUGGUGAUGUAGGAACAUUGUGAUAGUUUUGUAACAGAGGAUUCUAUGUUGCAUAAAGAUUAUAUAUUUCCAUA